UCAGUAAAUAGGUAAUAAAGGAUAUCAACUUGAAAUAUAUAUAUAUAAACACAUUCAUACAUACAAAAAUAUGGCUCAAAGGGCUGUGGCAAUAUAUGAUUUUGACGGAAUAGCAGAUAAUGGAGAAAUUACUCUAAAAGAAGGAGAAUAUGUAACAAUAUUGAAAACUGAUGUUGGUGAUGGAUGGUGGGAAGGAAUGACUGAUAGCGGGCAGAAGGGAUUGUUUCCAGAAGCUUAUGUAACAAUGAGUUCGCAUGAGAAUGGAAAUGCAAACGGUGAUAAUCACACGCCAUCAUACAACAGCACACCCUAUCCUAUUGUAAAUCCUCCUCAAGAUACAUGGCAGCAAGAAACUGUAAAUGAUGGAUAUUAUAAUACAAACACAGCACAUAACUCCUAUGGAGGAAGUCAAGGAAAUAUUCAAAAUGAUGAUAAUGAUGACAACUGGUCAGAAGAUUGGGAUGAUGGUCAGUCAGAGGCAACUGUGGUGGAACAGCAAUCAAAUAUAAUGUCAAGGAGAUCGACAGUCAGCGUUUCAAAUCCAGAUACCAGAUCAGUCAACUCCAUGAAAGUGGCCGGUACAGUCGGAAAAAAUUUCAAUAGAUUUUCAUCUUUUGUUAAACAUGGAGGAGAAGCAUAUGUAUUGGGAAAAGCAGAUGCAAAAGUCCGACAAGUUGAUCAGGUUCAUAUUGUAUAUUCAACUGAUGGUACAGCAAGUUGGAAAACUAAUGGUCAUACAUUCACCUGCACGAUAGAAAAUCCAUUAAAAAAGAGCAAAAUGAAAGGUUUGAAAAGUUUUGUCGCAUACAAACUAACACCAAGUGAUAUGGACGUUAGUGUGCAAAGAAGAUAUAAACAUUUUGACUGGUUGUAUGAUCGUCUCGUGCAAAGGUAUCCUAUGCUUGUUGUACCAAGGUUACCAGAAAAACAAGCAUCUGGAAGAUUUGAAGAAGAUUUCAUUGAAUCAAGAAUGCAAAGACUAAAAUUAUGGGUAUCACAUAUCUGUCGACAUCCAUUACUUUCCACAUCAAGUGUUUUCAGAAAUUAUAUAACUCUUACUGAACAAAAAGCAUGGAAAAUGGCCAAAAGAAAAGCGGAAAGAGAUGAACUUUUGGGGGCAAAUUUUUUUCUCACUAUUGAUAUAUUCUCUCAACCGUCACAGUUUGACAGCCGAGAUGCUGAAGUUAGACUUGAACACUUCAAGAAAUUUGUAAAAUGUAUGGAUGAUGGGGUAUCACAACUCACAUCAACAUCACGUGAUAUGGCAAACAGACAUGUUGGCGCAUUCAAGAAAGAAUUUAUAUCUAUGAGUCGAUCAUUUGGAACAUUAUCAAACGCUUUUAAUCAACACCAAACACCUGAAUCGCAAGCGUUAACUGAUGCAGUAAAAUAUACAGGGCAAACUUAUGAAAAAAUUGGUGAAAUGUUUGCAGAGCAACCAAAGAAUGACAUGAGUCCUUUAUUACAUAACCUUUGGUUAUACAAAGGAAUUCUAGAAGUAUUUCCAGAUAUAUGGCAUUUGGAAUCUGGUGCUUUACGUAAAGUUCGUGAAUGCAAAAGAUUACAAGAAGAAGGCAGAAUGUCUGCAGCUGAUGUCGACGCUGUUGAAGAACGUACUCAGAGGAUCACUGGAUGUAUGCAGGCUGAAGUUACUCAUUUUCAUAAAGAACGAGUUCGAGAUUUCAAACACAUGAUGACAGACAUGUUACAAAGCCAAAUUGAUUUUUACGAAGGAAUUGUUGGACAGUUGAGACUCGCAUUAACUCGAUUUGAGGAAGUUCCUGAGGAACCAUGAGUAAUAUUCGAAAAACUCAUUAUAACACUCUCUGAACAACACCUUGUGUCACAAAAUUCGCAUGACACUUUUUACAUUUAUCGUCGGCCUGGUAGAUGCUUGACUAUACAGCUAGCGAUGUUUAACUCCACGGGAAUGAAAUUUUGAAAUUUCGAGAGUUCUUGAUAUUUCAGCUGUAACAUGGAUGAGCUAGUUAUUUGUCUUAAUUGUUUACUGGCAAGGAUGUUGAAAUCCAAUCUAUAUUGUGAAUUCAUUUGAGUUUAGUUUUAUUCUACAUAUUCAAUUCUUGAUUUGGCGAAUAAUUUUUCGCUUGCCAAUUUAUCAUCUCGAGCAUUUGACGGUCAGUUUUACUUCGUGAACUGUGAAAAAAUAAAAUAAAACCGAAACAAUGUUUAUCUCAAACAAUCUGAAUUACCAAAUUUAAUUCACAUGAACUUGGAUUGGUUUGUGUAAAAAUUUUCGCUGAAAUUAUGUUCUAUAUAUUUAAAAACAUUAUUUCAGGUGUAUUAGGAAUGGUAAAUUAAUGGGUUUUUCGUUCAUCUGGUGAUUUUGUUUGCUAUUCUAUUUUAAAUAUAUUUAUGCAGCAACAGUCGAUUUCAAUGAUUGGGUUAUAAUUAUCCAAAUAGAAAUCCCCUCUUAUACACUCAGAAAUUCGGUUGUGGUUUGAAUUAACUCAUCAAGUCUCAAUUGUGUAUUAAACUAAGAAUUCUGUCUGGAUAAACAAAGAUUUUGGGAUAAUCAUUUAGCAUUAAGAACACCUUAAAAAUAGUGUUCUUCACAUCAAAAAGAUUUGAGUCGUACACUUUUAUAUUUUUAUGAUUCUGUAAUGUCAUAUAUUAAGUAUUGGCUGUAGAGCUUUUGAAAAUAUAUAUUUCUAAUGCUUAUUCAGAAACGAGCCAUUUCGCUCCAAUGUUCACUGAUAAUUUAGAACAGUGGUUCCCAACCUUUUUUGCAUCGCGACCCUUUUCGGAUAUCUUCUAACAUGUCGGGGACCCCCUUCACGAUAUAUACUGAAUCUAAAUUAAAACUAGUAGGUCCUAAAAAAUCUUAGUUAAAAAAAAACAGCCCUAUUAAAAAUUUUAUAUAAACCACUCUUUCACUCCUUAAUUCUAUUUUCUAGUUUUGCACAAAAGCAUUGUUGAAAAUACAUGCAUUCAUAUUCGUUGCUCAGUAUCAAUUUACUUGUGAAGAUCUCAAAACUAUCUUUUCUAUCAACAUAUAUUAUCUACAUCGCAAAAAAGUGAUAAAAAUAGUCUUAUUAACUUUAAACCUCACGAUGUAAUUAACUUGUUAAAACUAUGAUCUUUGACACUUAUGUAGCAAGUGGAUUUGUCAAUUGAAUUUAUUUGGAUUCAACUUUUUUCUGCUUUAUUGAAGUCAUAUUUUGCCCUAUAAGUGGGGGUAUUCAUGUUGAAAAGUGAUUAUUUAAAAAUACAUUCACUGGACCUUUGAUUGAUAGAAUAUUUUGAAUUAAAAAUUCAAUUUCUACAUACCCUAAUGAAUUGAUUUUAUGAAACAUUAAUCAACCCAUACAAAUUGGCCAUUGAGUUUGUUCAAAACAUGUUUUUUUUCUGUUACAAUAUUAAUAAUGAUUCAGAAAUAGACUUUUUACGCAGAAAUAUGGGUACUCCCGUAGUAUGUGUAUCAGGUUUAGGGUUAUGCCCUAAUUUUAUUACGAUUUUCCUUAAUUUAGUUAUAUUACGAGUUCGGGGACUGUUUGUGUUAGUCAAAUGAAUAUACCCCCUGCCCAUAAGCUCCCGUCCCGUUACACAACUCGAUGUAAAGUAGGCGAAUAAAAUUAAUUACCUCCAUAUUGGUACACAUACUUCUGAAGCGCUGAAAUAUGUGGCUAGAAACAAUAGACCUGUUAUGAAUGAUCGUUUCACUAACAAGCAAAGCAAUUUGCUAACCAAUUGUUUUGCCCACCUCUGUAUACUGCGGAAUGUGGUAACAAUAGAUAAGUUUUGUAAAUUGUUGCAUAACAAUACCAGAACUUCUUAUUUUCUUGUGUUUUUGAGGCUGAAAUCUCGCUUUCUUUUUUUAACUUAUGUUCCUCUCUGUAAUUUUUGUAACCAAUACUUUUUCUUAUUGUUUUAUGUAUAUUCUUAUUAAGCUUCUUCCAAUAUUUUUUAAUGUAAAUACUUGCUGUUAAUUAUUCUACAGCAUCCUAUUCAUUUCAUUGUAAGUAAUAUCCUUAAAAAUUUUGCCAACUCAAAUUUUUAUUUCUAUUUACAUUUUUAUUGUUGUGAGUUGACUGAGAUUUUAUAUUUUUUAAUCUGUUUCUGUUUAGAAUGUAAGCACAUAUACUUGGAUGCCAGCCAACUAAAUCAGCUUUUCAAAGGAGAAGAACGAUUAUUUGCUUCUUAUAAAAUUGCUUUCAAUAAUCGACUUGAAAAGUGACUAUUUGAUUGUGAUUAUUAGUCAAAUAAGUGAGUUUGUGUUAUGGCAUUAGCUAAAGUUCAAUAUAACCUAGCCCGCGGACCCUGCACAGGUGUCCACACUGAUAUGAAAAGAGUCUGAAACAAAUAUAAAUAGAUCAUAACCUUAUUGAAUUGCUGUUAGCCUGCCAGUAUUCAACAUUAGUAUGUAUUGAUUCAUUUAUUUUGUCAAAUGAAGCAUUAUUCUUCCUCGUUGGUUAGGCACAUCAAUUGAUACGGCAUAGGGUGGGGGUCCGUCACAAAUAAGAUUCACAAACUGGUCCGUCGUCCAAGAAGAUUGGGAAACUUAUCCGUGGCUCACACUUCGCAGCAAGUAAUUUGGCCUCUUUUAACCCAUCAAAUUUUUUUUACUCUCAUCUGCAAAGCAAUUUCAAUUUAUCCUUUGUAUAUUUUUGAUAUAUGCCAUAAAAUCUGCAAUGGUGAUCUUUGAAAAAUUUGACUUUUAUUUUCCUUUGCAAGUAUUGAAUAUCAGUGACCAGUUGUACAUCACGUAAAUGUUAGAAAAAUAGUGUUAAUAUAUUGCAGAAAAAGGACUUUGAUGUUUGUCAAAUUUAUGUUCUUUAAAUAUUCUGCAAGUAUUUACUGUCGCUCUAUAUUUACCAGAUAUGGUGGAAUCAAAUGAUUACAUUGAUAGAGAAUAGUUUUGGAUUAUUCAGAUGCCGAUUUUCAGUACUUUCGAGUAUAAAAUUUGUUAGUUUUUUGUACAAAAACGAACUUGGAAAGAAUAUUGUUGCAACUGGUUAGUUUUGCUUUCUGAUGCCUAGUUUUUUCACUUUCAAAUUAUCAUAUAAGACAUGUUUGACUUUCACACACUUGGCAUUCACCUAACAUAAAACCUGUAAGAAUUAAGUGUAAAAAUCAUUUUUAUUCCAUUGAUCAAUUAGUAGUAUUUAAUCUGCUGGAAUUUGUUACUUUCUUUAUUGCUUAUCAUUCUAUACAUAUACAAAUAUAUAUUGUCAAGAACA